GCUGCGUAAAUUGCCCUGUUGUCUCGUUGUCCUCACUCUUGCCUGGCCAUUACCCUAUCCUACGCGCCUACCUUCACUUGCUCUUAUUUCCCUCCGUCCCACAUCCAUCUCGCUCCCGCGUCUAGAAAGAAGCUCUCGUCUACGUUUCCGUCAACUAUUCCGUCUUCCCGACAGAAUUUACCCGACUCCCUCCGAUCUCGCUCACGACACCAUCGAAUGGCUCCGUUAUAUCGAAACAGAACGACACAGCGAAACCGACGGGGCCCCGGGUCGUCGAAUGCAACAAGUCGUCGGCGGCGCGCGCACAUCCUCUCAGCGUUGCCUGUGCUAGCGGCUGCGCUUUUCCUGCCUGCCCUCGCGCUCGCGUUGCGGCCGGAAUUCGUGACAGAACGAGCGGGCAAUGCGGACGAUAGCGUCGUGAUUGCGAGGUACCAAGCGGGGCUCUCCAAGCUCUGCUUGGGAGCCAGUCGCGAAAAGGCGCGGGCGGUGAUCGCCGACGCCGACUACGUCAGCAGCGACGCCAACGUGGCGCUCUCCUAUUCGCAGGCGACGAACGCCACCUUCAUGUACAUCGGCGGCUCGAGAAUGAAAGGUCCCCGCCGCUGCGUGCCCCUGGGUCUCUUGGACGUGUACACCUACUACCCCUCUACAAGCAAGUUCGUUAAGAGCGAUCUGCGCAGCCUGCCCGAGCGUGUAGUGGACUCGUCGUACGUGGUCUCGCUGACAGCGCCAUCCGCGUUACAAGGCACCUCGCAAGUGAACCUGGACGUGUCAAACAUGUACCCCACAGUUCUGGAGGUUGACGCAGGGGAAACGGUGUCAGCUCCCCCUAUGUCGCAGGCGAAUUUCGCAGUCGCUGUGUCUGACCUCUCAUCUCCCUCCGACCCGUACGGUAUGGUUUCUUCAUACCUCCAGCAGUUUGGCGCGAACGCCGACGCAAACGAUCUUUCAGGCGCGAUUCUUGUGACAUACGACCCUUAUAUCGAGUCGCACGUUGUGGUGUACAUGAUCUACCGGCCGGUCUACAGCCCCGCGGCGGUUGUGCAGCAGUACUGUAACGGGAACGCGCCCUGCUAUUUCGCGUACGAAAUGGUCGGGAGGUACUCGGCUUCGCAGAGCGUGUUCGCGCGGAGGAGAAGGCUGCUGGCGAACACGAAGGGCACAGAUACCCUCUCUGCGUAUGGGACUUGCGUGCGGUAUGUGUUCAACUACCUGUGCCAGUGCUACAAAACCGUUUUCUGCUGAGUGGGCAUAGACUCGGGGCGUAUUCCUAGGAGCAAAUGCUGCUGGAAGCUCGCUAGGCGAAGGAGAAGCAGGCGGAGAUUUGAAGGCCCCUUAGCCCUUGCCCCCAUGCACUUUCUCGAACCUGCCUGCCUCCUGUAACAAGAAUCAGCAGUCGGGACUUGCAUGUGGUGAACAACUCUGUACAUGAUAAGUUUUGCGUGCUGUAUUAU